AUGAUCUGCGAGUUCUGCCGCUCCACUGUGCUUGAGUCCGAGCGGAGAUGGGACUACCACCACCGGCACGUAGCCUCUUUCGAGGCCUCGGUGCGAUCGGGGUGUCUUUUCUGCACGCGGCUCGCCAAGGGGCUCGGGAACUUGAGCUCCUGGUUUGACAGCGACCACGACAUCAACGCUGUGUACCGCUGGAACAUCCGUCAGGCGUACAGUAACAGAGACACGCAGAGCCACGUCUCUGUCAGGUUCAGGCCGGUGCCCGGCAGGAAUGAUGGCGCCAAGAGAAGCGAACAUCUCCCAGACGUGCAGUUCCACAUGUAUCCCAAAGAUGACUUUGUGACGGAUCUUGAUGAAACAAAUCUCGGCACCGGCACGGACUCUGACCAGGCGCUGAGGCAAAUGAGGGCGUGGAUGGACGACUGCGUCAACCACCACCCCGAGUGCACCAGGCGCCACGCCAGCCGCGAGUUCGUGCCUACGCGCGUUCUGGACGUCGGGCACCCCGGGGACGACGACGACGCCGCCGCCGCCUGGCCGCCGUCCCACGUCCGCGUCAUCGACACAAACAAGACCCCCAUCCGCGCGCCCUACCUCACCCUGAGCCACUGCUGGGGCGACGGGGCCUUUGUCCAGCUCACCGCGGACAACCUCGGCGCCUUCACCACCCGCGGCGUCCCGUGGGAGGACGACGCCGAAGGCGGCAGUCGCGGGAUCAGCAGCAACGCCACCUUUGCGCAGGCCCUGCGCGUCGUCCGCCAGCUGGGCCAGCGCUACAUCUGGAUCGACUCGCUCUGCAUCAUCCAGGGCAAGGGGUCCAAGGGCGCCCACGUCGAGGACUGGAAGGCCCAGGCGCCGCUGAUGCACAAGGUCUACCGCAACUCGUUCUGCAACAUCGCCGCCGCCGACUCUAGGAACCACACCGAGGGCCUGUUCCGCCCGCGGCUGCGGCACGGUUUCGCGCCCGUCUACUACGCCAGCCGCACGCCGUCGAGGGUCUUUGGCGACGCCGUCUGGAGGGUGCUGGAGCACGAUCAUUGGGACAGAGGCCUUCUGAGCCGCCACCUCUACACCCGCGGCUGGGUCUUUCAAGAAAGGCUCCUCUCCCCACGCCUCCUCCACUUCGGCGCGGGCCAGGUGUUCUGGGACUGCGCGGCGCUGAGCGCGUCCGAGAGCCUGCCCGACGGCCUCCCUGCUGCCCUCGACGACGCCGCCGCCGCCGCCACCCACCGCAGCUGGCGCCGUCAGCUCCAGGGCGCCGCGCUCUCCGUGCCGUCCCUGGCCAGCUCAACGGCGGACUCGAUCCGCGGCUUCUGGAAGGACGCCGUGCGCGCCUACACCGGCUGCGACCUGACCUUCUCCAGCGAUAGGCUGGCCGCCGUUUGGGGCGUCGCGAAGCUCGUGCGGGACGCCCUGGGCGAGGAGUACGGCGCCGGUCUGUGGACAAACGGGCUGCACGAGCAGCUCGCGUGGCGGGUGGCGGAUGACCGGAGGGCCAGCGAGAAGGGAGGAAGCGCCGGCGGCGGGUUCCCGUCCUGGUCGUGGGCGUCUGUGAAAGGCGCCGUGGAGGUUGCGCCGCCGGUCCCGGACCUGCCGCGGUUUUAUAUCGCCUCGGGGCACGAUGGGGGCGCUCUCAGGUUUCUGCUGAAGAACGGCAUCUUUGGACGGUUCGAGGGGGAGCACUCGGCCUCGUGGAAGGAGGAGCUUGUGAUUAUGGCGAGGAAGCUGGAGGAGACGUCGACCAAGAUGUCCAGGAAGGUCGCGGCGAAGGCCAGCGUCGCCUUUGCUCCGAUCCUGGAGGAGUCCUCUGACGCGAAAGGCCACGAGGACCUGGAUAAACAGCCUGGUCUGGGGGGAGAGGAAGACCUCAAAAUCGAAGGAUCGGACGCCAAAGACCCUCCCAGAGGGCCUUCACAGAACGAGACGGGAAUUGGGAGAGACGAACCCAAAGACUCCGGGUCUACAAACCCAGGUCCCGGCAGCAAGGAGGUCGCGAAGAAGGGGUCCAACGCAGACAUACCGUCAGAGCUUCUGUCCAACGAAAUCGCCAUCCAGACGCACAUCUGCAAGGGCACCCUCCAGCCGGCGGCCGUCGAGGACGGGGAGUGGACGGUAGCCGUCGAGGGCGUGACACAGGACGACGCCGUCGUGGAAGCCUUCCCGGAUACCCUACCCCGCGAGAGCAGCGUCCCGUGCGAGCUCCUCUUGCUGGCGGUCUCGAGGGAGGUGUGCGACGAGCUGGGCGACUGGGUCCCCGACGACGGGUACUUCGAGGAGGACGACAUAUUCGGCACGCAAUACACGGGAAGCGCGCUCCUCGUCGAGAGGGCCGGGGAGGACCGCUUUAGAAGGGUUGGCGCCGUGCUCUUUCGUCAGCUUGAUGCGGACAGUUGGCGGAGUUUCCGACGGGCUUGCGGGCAGGACGAUGAGAUGAUGGAGGGGGAGCUCGACGUUGGCGAUGGUCAGAAGGUCUGGCUGUUAUGA